UCCAGCGAUCCUCCGCCGGAGUCGCGCUGUCGUCGCGGCGCCCCCGUUCAGCCCUCUGUCCGCGCGGUCCUCAGAACCGGCCGGCGGGGCCCAGAGUCAGGGCCACGUCCCCGCCAUGCCGGCCCGGUGGCUGUUGCUCCUGCUGGCGCUGCUGCUACCGCCGCCCGGCCCCGGGAGUUUUGGAAGAACCAGCACAGUAACACUGCCUGAAACCUUGUUGUUUGUUUCAACCCUGGAUGGAAGUUUGCAUGCUGUCAGCAAGAGGACAGGCUCCAUCAAGUGGACUUUAAAAGAAGAUCCAGUUCUGCAGGUCCCAACACACGUGGAAGAGCCUGCUUUCCUCCCAGAUCCCAAUGAUGGCAGUUUGUACACACUUGGAGGCAAGAACAACGAAGGCCUGACGAAACUUCCCUUUACCAUCCCAGAAUUGGUUCAGGCAUCCCCAUGCCGAAGUUCAGAUGGAAUCCUCUACAUGGGUAAAAAGCAAGACAUUUGGUAUGUUAUCGACCUCCUGACUGGCGAAAAGCAGCAGACUUUGUCAUCAGCCUUUGCCGAUAGUCUCUGCCCAUCAGCUUCCCUUCUAUAUCUUGGACGGACAGAAUACACCAUCACCAUGUAUGACACCAAGACCCGGGAGCUCCGCUGGAAUGCCACCUAUUUUGACUAUGCAGCCUCCCUGCCCGAAGACGACGUGGACUACAAGAUGUCCCACUUUGUGUCCAAUGGCGAUGGACUGGUGGUAACUGUGGACAGUGAGUCUGGAGAUGUCUUGUGGAUCCAAAACUAUGCCUCUCCUGUGGUGGCCUUCUACGUCUGGCAGCGGGAGGGCCUGAGAAAGGUGGUGCACAUCAACGUUGCUGUGGAGACUCUACGCUACUUGACCUUCAUGUCUGGGGAAGUGGGGCGCAUCACCAAGUGGAAAUAUCCAUUCCCGAAGGAGACAGAGGCCAAGAGCAAGCUGAUGCCUACUCUAUAUGUUGGGAAGUACUCCACCAGCCUGUAUGCCUCUCCCUCAAUGGUUCAUGAGGGGGUUGCUGUUGUGCCUCGAGGCAGCACUCUUCCUUUGCUGGAAGGUCCCCAGACAGAUGGUGUCACCAUUGGAGACAAAGGAGAGUGUGUGAUCACCCCCAGCACAGACCUCAAGUUUGACCCUGGACUCAAAGGGAAGAGCAAGCUGAACUACUUGAGGAAUUACUGGCUUCUCAUAGGACACCAUGAAACUCCUCUGUCUGCAUCCACCAAGAUGCUGGAGAGAUUUCCUAACAACCUGCCCAAACAUCGAGAAAAUGUGAUUCCUGCUGAUUCGGAAAAAAGGAGCUUUGAGGAAGUUAUCAACCUAGUUGGCCAGACUUCAGACAACACACCAACCACCAUAUCUCAGGAUGUAGAAGAGAAGAUGCCCCAUGCCCCUGCCAAGCCUGAGGCCCCAGUGGAUUCCAUGCUCAAGGACAUGGCCACUAUUAUCCUGAGCACCUUCCUGCUGGUUGGAUGGGUGGCGUUCAUCAUCACUUACCCCCUGAGCAUGCAUCAGCAGCGCCAGCUCCAGCACCAACAGUUCCAGAAGGAACUAGAGAAAAUUCAACUCCUGCAGCAGCAGCAGCAGCUGCCCUUCCACCCACACGGAGACCUUACCCAGGACUCUGAGUUCCUGGAUUCCUCUGGCCUCUUCUCAGAAAGCUCAGGCACCAGCAGCCCCAGCCCAUCCCCCAGAGCCUCCAACCACUCCCUCCACUCCAGCAGCUCUGCCUCCAAGGCCGGCACCAGUCCCUCACUGGAGCAGGAUGAUGAGGAUGAGGAAACCAGAAUGGUGAUUGUUGGGAAAAUUUCGUUCUGCCCCAAGGAUGUCCUGGGCCAUGGAGCUGAGGGCACAAUUGUAUACAAAGGUAUGUUUGACAACCGUGACGUGGCCGUGAAGAGGAUCCUCCCUGAGUGUUUUAGCUUUGCAGACCGUGAGGUUCAGUUGCUUCGAGAAUCAGACGAGCACCCGAAUGUGAUCCGCUACUUUUGCACAGAGAAGGACCGGCAGUUCCAGUACAUCGCCAUUGAGCUGUGUGCAGCUACCCUGCAGGAGUAUGUGGAGCAGAAGGACUUCGCCCAUCUUGGCCUAGAGCCCAUCACCUUGCUUCAUCAGACCACCUCAGGCCUGGCACACCUGCAUUCUCUCAACAUUGUUCACAGAGACCUGAAGCCCCACAACAUUCUCCUCUCCAUGCCCAACGCACAUGGCAGGAUCAAGGCAAUGAUCUCCGACUUUGGCCUCUGCAAGAAGCUGGCCGUGGGCAGGCACAGCUUCAGCCGCCGCUCAGGAGUGCCUGGCACUGAAGGGUGGAUCGCCCCAGAGAUGCUGAGUGAAGACUGCAAGGAGAACCCUACCUACACAGUGGACAUCUUCUCUGCAGGCUGUGUCUUUUACUACGUCAUCUCUGAGGGCAACCAUCCUUUUGGCAAAUCCUUGCAGCGGCAGGCCAACAUCCUCCUGGGCGCCUGCAGUCUUGACUGCUUCCACUCAGACAAGCACGAGGAUGUCAUUGCUCGUGAAUUGAUAGAGAAAAUGAUUGCAAUGGAUCCCCAGCAGCGACCCUCUGCAAAGCACGUGCUAAAACACCCAUUCUUCUGGAGCCUGGAAAAGCAGCUCCAGUUCUUCCAGGAUGUGAGUGACCGAAUAGAAAAGGAGGCCUUGGAUGGCCCGAUCGUCCGGCAGUUGGAGAGAGGCGGGAGAGCUGUGGUCAAGAUGGACUGGCGGGAGAACAUCACUGUCCCCCUGCAGACAGAUCUGCGCAAAUUCAGAACCUACAAAGGUGGCUCUGUCAGAGAUCUCCUCCGAGCCAUGAGAAAUAAGAAACACCACUACCGGGAGCUUCCUGUGGAGGUUCAGGAGACGCUGGGCUCCAUGCCUGAUGACUUUGUGCGCUACUUCACGUCCCGCUUCCCCCACCUCCUCUCUCACACCUACCAAGCCAUGGAGCUGUGCAGACAUGAGAGACUCUUCCAGACCUACUACUGGCAUGAGCCCACAGAACCCCAGCCUCCAGUGAUUCCAGAUGCCCUCUGAGCUAGGGCAGUCCUCUGGUCUGGUGGCCCCAACAAUGACCAUGGGCCUGAUCUCUGCAGUCAUAGUUUGUUGCCUCUGGGAUUAGCAGCAGGAAGACUAAGCUUCUCAAAUCAAGUGCCUUGAGCUGCUGAUCUGCCGCCAGAAGAGGAUAAUUCUGAUCCUAGGAAGCAGGAGAAGAUGGUCGCUCGUGACUACAGAGACCUGAGGAGAUGCCGCCCUGAAACCUUGUAGUCAGGGGUAUCUACAAAGGUGGGCCUGUCCCAGAGGCUGCAAAGGAACAGUAUCAACCUUUCACUGGACGAACUCAUUUCCACUUUUAUUUCUUUCUAAAAUUCCUGUGGGAUGGCAUUUUGGGGGCCUUUCAGUGAGAGAGUGGAGGGAUCCUGUUUUGCCUGCAUGCUGGAAGCAGCUUGGUUGGGGUACAGCAAGUGCAGCCUCUGAUAGAAAUGGUUUGAGAGAUGUGGGGUGCUGAGGAAGAGAUGUUCGAGGCAUUGCCAUGGAGAUAGGAAGCACCUCCAAGUUCCUGAGAGCCUGUGUUGCCUCGUGCCGCCAGUUGUGAGCGUGGGCCUGGAGACGUGUUAGCAAUGCCUGUGGAUACCUGACGUGUCAGUGGCUCUGUCUGGAAGAUGAAGCAGACACUCAGUUCUGGAUGUGGUGCUGGCCCAGCACAAGCAGCCUAAAUAGUGGCCCCUGAUAGGUUGAAUCCUGGCCAUGCGGGCCAGAGAUGAAGAGUUUCAUGGCCAACAGGAGGCAGCUAAGACUGGACAGGGGCAGACAGGUUGUCAGGGCCAGAGAGGAGCAACUAGAGGGAGCCUCCCAGUCACUCAGAGAAGUUCAGAACCAGAAGGUGAGUGAUAGGGUCCCUCUACCCUAGAGCCCAGCAGAUUAGUGCAUAGAUUGUGAGUCAAAGCCCUGCGGGUAGAGAGCCAAGGUCAAGCUACCACAGGCUUUGUAGGCCAGCUUGUAUGUGUCUCCUGGCAGGUUUUAAUAAGUGAGUUUUGAUCAUAUUGCAGAAAGCUACGUUUGCAUAAGUAAAUUAAAUGUAGCUUGAUGCUUGUGAAGAAGAAAUGCAAGAUAUAAUAUCUUCUGUUUUAUGUGGUACCAAAAAUCACCAGUCCCUCAAGAAUGUAAAACCAUGUACUGCUGAGGACUAAGACUCUCUAGCAACACUGUGUAAAUGUAUUAAUGUCAAAGUAAUUACAUCAGUACCAUUUUUCUCUCAACUUAAUUUUAAAUCUUAGUUCCAGUCAGAAUUUGUUGUCUUCUUCCUCCCAGGAACCUUAGAGGUUAGAGUGCAGUCAGGGUCUGUGAUGGAGCUUCUGUGUAGGCUCCCUGGAGACAGCCGACGUUUCUGUUGUAUAGUCCUGGGGAGCUGAGGCUCCAUUUUGUUCUGUGCUCACAGUGGCCUCAGCAGCCUCAUGCACUGCACUGACUGCAGUCACCACCACUGCGUCCCCUAAGAGCUCUUCUGGGUGUACUAGUACCAGGGCCACUUACCCAAAGCUUCCUCUGCUGCUGCUGAAAAUUUUGAUUUUCUUACUUUCAUGGUGGCCAAAGAGGACUUUUUCUUAACCUCCUACAUCUUUGGACCUCACGGGUGACCCUGUUUAGACCCUGGGACCUCAGCCCCACAUUUGGUUUCCUGCUCACCUCUUAGCAUAGCACUUUGUCACUGGCACAAGAGGUGACAGCCAAGACCAACAUGAGGAGGAGGAACAGUGUAGCGGGGACUGCUGCUUGCCCUGUUCCUCAUGGCUAAGCUUCCCUCUGGGAAGUGCUGCAGUUUCCUAAAGGCUCAGCUUGGUUUUACCUUCCAGUUCGCAUGGAGUCAGCUUUUCAAAUGUCCUUGCCACUUCUCAGAUCAGUUUCUAACCAAUCAAAUUUCCAGAAAUCCUCUGUUCAUCAUACUUAUUUGAAAACCCACCUAGUUUUCUGUAGUGCUGGAUGGGCUGUGAGACGCUUGGGACAUAGAUGGAGAACGCAGGGAAGACUUCUGCCGUUUGAAGCCUCAUGAGAGUCAGCAGCACACAGGUGUCAGGGCAGAAAGAAAAUUCCAGUGGUCAGGAAGGGUGUGUAUUUGGGGUUUGCCCUGCUUGUGCCUUAAAACUGUCCCAUCUCAGAAUCAGUCAGGACUGGUCAGCUCACUGUCUGUCUGUCUGUCUGUCUGUCCUCUAGGUGAUCAUGAAAACACUGGGUGUCUGGGAUGCUCAGCAGGAGACAUUGUCUUUAGGCCAGGGCAACUCUGUAGCAUUACAUAUCCACAGAGGCUGCUAGGAUCCCCAGAAGACUGCCAGUUUGUCUACAAGUACAGCAUCUUCAUCUUUAGGAUGGAAUUGAGCUGUGUCUGUGAUGUUAUUUUUGUUUAAAUCUUGUCUUGUGUUGAACUUUCAGUUUAGGAAGUGUGCCGUUUCGUUAGGUACCAAAGCACUUGCACUUUUGGGAACAUAGAUGUCACUUGAUGAAUCACUAGGCCACCUAGAGACUGAAGGUGAACCCCUGAUUGCAGAGGUGUCCCUGCUCUAGAUACAGCAGUAGCUGCAAGCUUUUCCCAUGAUGCAUUACAGAGAGGAUGGAGGUCUGAGAUCACUGGGUGUGGUUGAGUGGUUCCCACCAAAAUAAAAAUAGGCAUGAGACGCUCCUCAGAGUCCACUUGACAUUGUGGAGGUUUUGUGUGCACGUGAUUCAGUUAGCUGCAGCAGCAAUUUUUCCCAAAGUAAAAGGCUAAUCAGUUGGUUGCUUCUGUGACCACUGCAGAGCCACCUCUGGCUGCAAGCUCUCCUGUGCUGGCCCCUGCUUGUCAUCUGCAGGGCUUUGGGCCUGCUCUCUAGUGGUGCCAGGAUUCCUUUGUCUGCUUCUGGGUCUGCUCUGUGUUCAUCGUCUUCAUCAUCAUGGUCCAGAGGUGUAGGAAGAGCCAGAAGUGCAAGCAAUAGCUGCUCUGGAGAGAGCCUCUUGAAAUUCACCCUGCUCUGUGAUUGGUUUUCCAGCAGUUCUGUCCUUGUCCAUCCCUCAUGUCUGGAAGCCAUGGUGUUGGCCUCCUGGGGCCUGACAUCAGCUUCUCCUGAAGGUUUUCAGAUCUUCUACUGAGAUCUCAAUUCUUUUAAGCCAAAGUGCCUGCUCUCCCAUACUUGGUUUUCAUGAUGAACUAGUGAAUUUCCGUGUGUAAAUCUGGUUGCUUUUGCACUUAGGUUUCUUCUGUACUUAGUAGAAAGCCACAGAAGCACAUCUGUGCUGACCUCCCCCUGGAGCAGCCUUAUCCACACUGCUUGCCAGAGUCCUGUGGCCUCAUCUCUCCGGUUCCCUUGUGUUUGGUGGGUAUAGUAUUCCUUCCCAGUUGUCCCUAAAACUGUGACUGGGGAUUCCCCACUCCCCUAAGCAUUACCAGCCAGCUGUGUGGCUUCCCCACGUGAAGCAAGACCUUGUGUAGUUCUUUUUACAAUGACAUAUUUAUUGAAUCUAUUUAUAUUUAUUUAAUUUUUACUCUGAAGUAUAUCCGGUUACAAUUGCACUUGCUUAAAGCACAUCAGACCUAUUUUGGACAAUACCCCUGACCAUUCUAAAACUGGAAAAGGAAAAGUUACACUGUAUCCUGCCGCCUUAUGGUAGCCUUGUCUUUAAAGGGUGAAUAAUUUGGUCUGGGUAAAAUGUUAAUUUUUAGAUGAUUUUUAAAAAAAAUCUUGUGCCAUGUGUGUCUUCUCUGUGAACAGUUAAUUGUUUAAUUGAUAUAUGCUGAUCGUGUGAUUCACUCCUCUUUGUGGAAACUAAAAUAUUCUUUUUAGCUUUAUAUUUUAUAAACUGCCAGAUUGUACAACUUUUAUGUGUAUUUUUAAAGCUCAUGAUAUGAGGAUCAUUAUCUAAGUUAAACGGCCUAUUUUUUUACCUCUUGUACAGUUUUAUAAUUCUGCUCAUUGAUGAAGUCGACUUAUGCUGAGCCAACCACAAAUAAAGGUAGUUUUAGAUUUGGGA